AAUGAAAUCAACUGGCCAAUUCAAGCUGGUGACGAAAUAUUGAUCGUUGAAACCCCGGAGCUUAGAUUGUUGAGAUACUUCAAGGGCGUGUGAACGCCCUAGGUAAGCAUGACACAGCCUCCAACUCAAGAAAAGCUAACGCGCAUCGCCAUCGUUAGCAGUGACAAAUGCAAACCGAAAAAGUGUCGUCAAGAGUGUAAAAGAUCAUGUCCUGUGGUGCGGAUGGGUAAACUAUGCAUUGAGGUUACACCAAGUGACAAGAUCGCAUUUUUGUCGGAAGAGUUAUGCAUCGGGUGCGGUAUAUGUAGCAAGAAAUGCCCCUUCGAAGCAAUUUCUAUCAUAAAUCUUCCUAGCAACCUGGAGAAAGAGGUUACUCAUCGUUAUGGUCCGAACUCAUUUAAGUUACAUCGCCUGCCAAUGCCGCGACCUGGUGAAGUUUUGGGGCUGGUUGGAACUAAUGGUAUUGGAAAGUCCAGCGCUCUAAAAAUACUUGCCGGCAAGCUUAAACCUAAUCUUGGUCGGUUCAAGAAUCCACCGGAUUGGACUGAAAUAUUAACAUAUUUCCGUGGUUCAGAACUACAGAAUUAUUUCACGAAAAUCUUGGAGGACAAUUUGAAAGCUGUCAUCAAGCCACAAUAUGUUGAUCAAAUCCCUAAAAUAGUAUCUGGUGAAGUUAAAACCUUACUUAAUCGAAAGGAUGACAGAGGUAACCAAGAUCACGUCUUAGAAAUGCUUGAUCUUCAAGUAGUCACUGAACGCAUGGUAGGCGAUUUAUCUGGUGGCGAACUUCAAAGAUUUGCUUGUGGAAUGGUCUGUGUUCAAAAAGCCGAUAUAUAUAUGUUUGAUGAGCCUAGUUCUUAUUUGGAUGUCAAGCAACGUUUAAAAACAGCUAUAGCUAUACGUGAACUGCUCGAGGGUACAAAUUAUGUUAUUGUUGUGGAACACGAUUUAUCUGUUUUGGAUUACUUGUCUGAUUUCAUAUGCUGUCUUUACGGUGUCCCAGGUGCUUAUGGAGUGGUCACUAUGCCUUUUUCUGUCCGUGAAGGAAUUAAUAUAUUUUUGGAUGGUGUGGUCCCUACGGAAAAUUUGCGUUUUCGAGAAACACCACUUGUUUUCAAGGUAUCUGAAACAGGUAAUGAAGAAGAAUUGAAACGUACAGCUCGUUACGAUUAUCCAACUAUGUACAAAAGUUUAGGUUCAUUCGAAUUGAAAGUAGAGGCUGGAUCAUUUACUGAUUCUGAAAUUGUUGUAAUGCUUGGUGAAAAUGGUACUGGUAAAACUACGUUUAUUCGUAUGCUGGCUGGUAAUUUAAAACCUGAUGGGGAUCAGAAGUGUCCAGUUCUACAUGUAUCAUAUAAACCACAAAAAAUUAGUCCAAAAUCAGAGAAAACCGUUCAAAAUCUACUUUUGGAAAAAAUCCGUGAUUCAUUUACACAUCCUCAGUUUUCGACAGAUGUACUUAAACCAUUACAAAUGGAACGACUCUAUGAUCAGCAAGUAAUGAAUUUAUCUGGUGGUGAAUUACAACGAUUGGCUAUUACGUUAUGUCUUGGUCAACCAGCAGAUGUUUAUUUAAUUGAUGAACCAUCGGCUUAUUUAGAUUCAGAACAACGUUUACAUGCUGCAAAAGUUAUCAAACGAUUUAUACUGCAUGCUAAAAAGACAGCUUUUAUUGUAGAACAUGAUUUUAUUAUGGCAACAUAUUUAGCUGAUCGAGUUGUUGUGUUUGAUGGUCAACCUGGCGUUAAAGCUACUGCAACAACACCACAGAAUUUAGUUACUGGUAUGAAUAAAUUUUUACAAUCACUUGAUAUAACAUUUCGACGUGAUCCAACCAAUGCUAGACCAAGAAUCAACAAAUUGAAUUCAGUCAAAGAUGCUGAUCAGAAAAAGAGUGGCAAUUAUUUUUUCCUUGGAGAUUAAAUUUCCUGUGCUUGUUUAUACACACACACACACACACACACCCAACUGCCUAACUACUUUUUCAUUCUUUAUGAGUAGUCGGUGAAUCAUGCUUGUCUAGGGUUUUGUUUUCUUCUCUCAGAAAUUUGUGUAUAAUGUUUGAUGUAAUUAAUAUGUGUGAAAUACUAUUUUCAUUUCACUGUUUAAUGAUGAUCUUCUUUUUUUUUCUAUCCAAUAACUGUGAACAGGUUUAUUAGUAUAUGAUAUAAUUAUUGGAAUAAUGUCUUUGCUUUCUUUAAUUCAAAACUUGUCUUGAGAAAAGCUUUUUGUUUAGAGUGAUUAAAAUAAAUUGUAAUGUACAUGUUACGCUAAUUAUAAAACUAAUGUUUUUAAUAAAAC